CAAACAUUUUCCACCCAGAUUGGAAUAUUAGACCCCAAAUAAAAAAAGAGCUGGUUGUUGUGAAGGUUGAGAGAUCCAAACUGAAAUGGGUGCAUCAGCAUCAGCAUCAGCAUCACUCUCUCUUUCUCUCUCUAUUUUCAACAGAAAAUGAAUUGCAUCAGAUCUCUCUCCCGUCUCAUACAAAUCCAAUUCAUUCCAAACCCUCUAAUUCUCAGAUCCCAUUCCAAAUCACGAUAACCCAAACCCAAGAAGAAAGAUGUAUAUGUCAUAUGGAUGGCCUCAGGUGAUCCCACUGGAACAAGGUCUUUACCCCUCUUCCCAACAGAUCGUAUACCUUAAAGUCAUCAAUCGUCUCUUGUUGGUCGUGUCCCCUUCUCAUAUAGAGCUAUGGAGCUCGUUCCAGCACAAAGUGAGAUUGGGGAAGUACAAGAGGAGUUCGGAUUCGCUGCAACGGGAGGGAGAGAAUUUGCAGGCUGUGUGGAGUCCUGAUGGCAAAUUAAUAGCUGUUCUUACAUCAUCUUUCUUUCUUCACAUUUUUAAGGUUCAGUUUACAGAGAAAAGAAUACAGAUUGGAGGGAAGCAACCUUCUAGUUUAUUUCUUGCUUCUAUAUCUCUUCUUCUUAGUGAGCAGGUGCCUUUUGCAGAGAAGGACUUGGCAUUGAGCAAUAUUGUAUGUGAUAAUAAACAUAUGCUAGUUGGACUUUCUAAUGGAUCUUUAUACAACAUCUCUUGGAAGGGGGAGUUCUAUGGAUCAUUUGAACUUGAUCCCUUUCCAUGUGAUAGCAGUGAAAUUACACAAAUACCAAAUUCUCUUGAUAAUGGUUUUGCUUCUGGAGGGACUCCAGGAGUUAUUGUAUCUGACCAUAAUAUCUCCAGCAAGUCUGCUAUUAUCCAGCUGGAGCUUUGUCUUCCAUUGAGGUUGCUAUUCAUGUUAUAUUCUGAUGGGCAACUGGUGUCAUGUUCAGUCAGUAAGAAAGGUGUAAAGCAAGCCGAAUCUAUUAAAGCUGAAAAAAGGUUGGGUUCUGGUGAUGCUGUAUGUACUUCAGUUGCUUCAGAACAAGAGCUCCUUGCUGUUGGUACCAGAAGAGGAGUUGUUGAGUUAUAUGACCUGACAGAAUCUGCAUCACUUAUUCGUACUGUGUCUUUGUAUGAUUGGGGAUAUUCAAUGGAUGAUACUGGCUCUGUCAGUUGUAUUGCAUGGACACCUGAUAAUUCAGCUUUUGCAGUUGGGUGGAAGUUAAGAGGACUUACAGUUUGGUCUGUUUCUGGGUGCCGUUUGAUGUCGACGAUCCGUCAGAUUGGUUUAAGUUCUGUCUCGUCUCCAAUGGUUAAGCCAAACCAGGAUAGUAAGUAUGAACCUUUGAUGGGUGGCACCUCACUGAUGCAGUGGGACGAAUAUGGAUAUAGGCUUUAUGCUAUUGAGGAAGGAUCUUCUGAGAGAAUUCUUGCAUUUUCUUUUGGCAAAUGUUGCCUAAACAGAGGAGUUUCAGGAACAACACAUGUUCGUCAAGUUAUUUAUGGGGAAGAUCGGUUGCUUGUUGUGCAGUCUGAAGAUACCGACGAUCUGAAAAUGCUACAUCUUAACCUUCCAGUUUCAUACAUCUCCCAAAAUUGGCCAGUUCAACAUGUGGCUGCUAGCAAGGAUGGAAUGUACUUGGCAGUUUCUGGUCUCCAUGGGUUAAUCAUAUAUGAUAUACGGUUGAAAAAAUGGAGAGUCUUUGGAGAUAUUACUCAGGAGCAAAAGAUUCAGUGCAAAGGUUUGUUAUGGCUGGGGAAGAUCGUUGUUGUCUGCAACUACAUUGAUGCUUCUAACACGUAUGAGUUGCUUUUUUAUCCUAGAUAUCACCUUGAUCAGAGCUCACUGCUUGGUCGGAAACCUUUGCUUGCCAAGCCAAUGGUGAUGGAUGUCUAUCAAGAAUACAUUCUUGUUACGUAUCGGCCAUUUGAUGUCCACAUAUUCCAUGUGAAAUUAUUAGGUGAAUUGACACCUUCUAGUACACCAGAUUUACAGCUUUCUACAGUACGGGAACUCUCAAUCAUGACUGCAAAGAGCCAUCCUGCAGCUAUGCGCUUUAUCCCUGAUCAGCUUCCCAGAGAUAAUAUCCCAAACAAUCAUAUUUCUUCCUCUCCGGAUCUGUUACUUAGUGAGCCUGCAAGAUGUUUGAUAUUGAGGGUGAAUGGGGAGCUUUCACUUCUUGAUUUGGAUGAAGGACGUGAAAGGGAGCUUACCGACUCUGUUGAAUUAUUUUGGGUCACUUGUGGUCAAUCAGAGGAGAAAGUAAAUCUAAUUGAGGAAGUUUCGUGGUUAGAUUAUGGCCACCGAGGAAUGCAGGUUUGGUAUCCAUCUCCUGGUGUUGACCCUUUUAAGCAGGAGGAUUUCAUGCAGUUGGAUCCGGAGCUGGAAUUCGAUCGUGAAGUAUACCCUCUGGGGCUUCUUCCAAAUGCUGGUGUUGUUGUUGGCGUUUCCCAGAGAAUGUCGUUUUCAGCAUGCACUGAAUUUCCAUGUUUUGAGCCUACUCCUCAAGCUCAAACUAUACUGCAUUGCCUACUUCGUCACCUUCUUCAGAGGGACAAAAGGGAGGAGGCUUUAAGGUUGGCACAAUUAUCAGCAGAAAAGCCUCAUUUUUCACAUUGUCUGGAGUGGCUUCUAUUCACUGUAUUUGAUACAGAAAUAACCAGGCAAAAUGUAAGCAAGAACAAUGUCUCAGUCUCUAAAUAUGCUAAAUUCUCUCUUCUGGAGAAGACCUGUGAUUUGAUCAGAAGUUUCCCCGAGUAUUUUGAUGUGGUUGUAAGUGUUGCAAGAAAAACGGAUGGUCGACAUUGGGCGGAUUUGUUUUCUGCUGCAGGAAGAUCUACAGAGUUGUUUGAGGAGUGCUUCCAGCGGAGAUGGUACCGUACUGCUGCUUGCUAUAUACUCGUGAUUGCUAAACUUGAAGGUCCUGCUGUGAGUCAGUACUGUGCUUUACGGUUAUUACAGGCAACGCUUGAUGAAUCAUUAUAUGAACUUGCUGGGGAGCUGGUAAGGUUCUUGCUGAGAUCAGGAAGGGAUUAUGAACAAGCAUCUACAGAUUCAGACAAAUUAUCUCCUAGAAUCUUGGGCUAUUUUCUUUUCCGUCCUAAUUACCAGAGGCAGUCCUCGGAGAAAAGCUCAUUCAAGGAGCAGAGUGCUCAUAUUGCUUCUGUUAAGAGUAUCUUAGAAAACCAUGCGAGUUAUUUAAUGUCAGGGAAAGAACUUUCUAAGCUUGUUGCAUUUGUAAAAGGCACUCAGUUUGAUUUGGUGGAGUAUCUUCAAAGAGAAAGAUAUGGAUCUGCUCGCUUGGAAAACUUUGCUUCAGGGCUUGAACUAAUUGGGCAAAAGCUUCAAAUGAGUACUUUGCAGAGCCGGUUGGAUGCGGAAUUCCUUUUGGCUCAUAUGUGCUCUGUCAAGUUCAAAGAGUGGAUAGUUGUAUUGGCUACACUUCUAAGACGAUCUGAGGUCCUUUUAGAUCUUUUCCGGCAUGAUAUGCGGUUAUGGAAAGCAUAUAGCAUUACCCUGCAGUCACAUCCGGUGUUUGCUGAAUACCAUGAUCUGCUUGAAGACUUGGAAGAGAAACUUUCAUCAGUCACAAAUUUGGAAGAUUAGCAAGGGCAGUUUUGGAUUUCCAAGCCUAGACUUCGGCAACAGAUUGUUGCUAAUUGGAAUAAUUCAAUUGGAACAUUUCCUUGGCCGGAGCAAAUAUCAGUCAAAUCCCAUACAAAUGACCAAGCAUCCAUCGGUCCGUUGAAUGGAGCGGACAAUGAGCACCAGGAAAUAAAUCAUGUUGUCCAUUUUGUAUCUAAUCUUUUGAAUGAAAAUGAUGGUAUUGCUAGUCUCAUUGGAAUAAUAGAAUUGUUCUUUCUUAUAGGUAAGGAGGAACAAAACCUACAUGGGGAGACCUAUGCGCAGUUAACUGCCUCCUGAGUUUUCAUUUUCAUUUUUUAAAUUGUUUAUUUAUUCACAUGUAUAAUUUCUAUAUAUAGAAAAAGAGCCUUUGAUCGUGUAGGCGUUUCUGCAA